CACACCCGCCUAACCCACACUCACUCACUUUCGCUUUCAAAGCUCAUCAAGUUACUGUUCAAAAAGUCUGCACUGUCAAGGCAAGCUGCUUGACUACGCAAGAGCAGGCUGAACUUCAAGUCUGGCGAGAAUGGCAGCCUCAUCUUCGACAUCGGCCCAAUUGCCGCUGCAUCAACACAUCGACACUGCCCUGCUGCUUUCCGUCGAUUCGUCUGCCAUUCCCUCAUCCUUGACAGCAGCAUCCGAAGAGGCGCGCGAAGAGCUGCUGCGUAGUAGAGCGACGAUCUCCACGCAAGCCUUGAUCUCUGCGCUAUGGGCCAUCCCAUCCAAGCAGCAUCCCGAUCACGGACGGAUAGCCCUGUUGCCUGCUCCGCUGUCCGUCGGCUCAGGCGGCACUCCUCUACCUCGCGAAAAGCCUUUACCAGCGAAGAAGGUCGAGACGAAAUGGGAAGCAUUCGCGAAGCGCAAAGGAAUCGAUGGGAACAAGAAGAGGGACAAGUUGGUUUGGGAUGAUGAGAGGAAAGAGUGGGUACCCAGAUGGGGCUUCAAGGGCAAGAACAAGGAUGCGGAAGAUCAGUGGAUACACGAACUACCUCAAAAUGUCUCCGACGAUCAUGAUCCUGCAAAGGAAGCUCGAGCGGAACGCAAAGCAAGAAAAUUGUCAAAUGAUGCGAAACAUGCAAAGAAUUUGGCGAGAGCGACGGGGGCUGCUCUCAGUACCUCUGCUGCUGCCAAGAGAGCUGCGGACCAGGAGAAAGCGAAUGCAGGAUUAGGCGGCGGUCCUCAGUCUGCUGCGGCGGAGAAGGCAGCAAAGAGGAAAGCGGAGAGGGAAUUGAGAAAGGGACAAUUGGAUGCGGAUGUCAAGAGGGCAAAGGUCAGCACCGCUAGCAUGGGUAAAUACGACAAGCAGCUCAAAGGCGAGAGCAAAGAGAAGGGUCUCAGGAGGCAGUUCGCACCAAACGAGCAAGACACUUCCUCCGAACGAGUUUCGCAGCUCGCGCUUAUUUCCGGCUUGUCAAAGGGAGGUGCGCCGGUACGUUCGAAGCCCAAUGCCAAGGGACAAGGAGAUGCGGAUCUGGUCAAUGCUCGCAAGGCCGUACGUUUCGAGAGCGGCGGGAGAGGAAGCUCUGCAUUGGCGAGCAAGGGCGCAUCGAGUCGAGGAGGUAGGGGAGGUAAAGCUUCUAGAGGAGGCAAGAGGUCAAAGUGAGCCAACAGUCGCGCAAGUUCAACCUCAGCGCUUUCCCCUUGUCGCGCACCUCCAUCAUCGCGCUUUCCCACGCACCGAUACGUUUCCACGCUCACGUGCACCUUGCACACACACACACACACACACACAUCCCGCCCGCACUCGAUUCUUUUUCAAUGCCACCAGUUCAC